AUGCCUGCCUCAGCGCACAACCUGAGCGUGGUGGGAAAGUUAAAGAACAUGACGGUGGACGAGUGCUUCCAGUCUCGGAACACAGUGCUCCAGGGGCAGCCCUUCGGGGGUAUCCCCACCGUGCUGUUCCUCAACAUCAUCUUGUGGGUGCUCAUCCUGGUGGUUUACUCCUUCCUCCGAAAAGCUGCGUGGGACUACGGGCGCCUGGCUCUGCUGAUACACAAUGACAGCCUGACCUCGCUGAUCUACGGGGAGCAGAGCGAGAAGACAUCUCCCUCGGAGAUCUCUUUGGAGAUGGAACGCAGGGACAAGGGCUUCUGUUCCUGGUUCAUCAACAGCCUCACCAUGAGGGACGAGGAUCUGAUCAGCAAGUGUGGGGACGACGCGCGCAUCUACGUCACGUUCCAGUACCACCUCAUCAUCUUCAUGCUCAUCAUCUGCAUCCCCUCCCUGGGCAUCAUCCUGCCCAUCAACUACACGGGAAACGUUCUGGACCGGAGCAGUCACUUUGGGCGGACCACCAUCGUCAAUGUCUCUACAGAGAGCAAGCUCCUGUGGCUGCAUAGCCUCCUGUCUUUCCUGUACUUCAUCACCAACUUCAUAUUCAUGGCUCACCACGCCAUGGGGUUUGCGCCCAAGAAGAGCCAAAAGGUCACAAGGACACUAAUGAUCACCUAUGUGCCCACAGACGUCGAAGACCCAGAAAUCAUCAUUAAGCAUUUUCAUGAAGCCUAUCCAGGGUGCAUGGUGACCAGAGUCCACUUCUGCUAUGACGUCAAGAACCUGAUCGACUUGGAUGAUCAGAGGCGCCAUGCCAUGCGGGGCCGACUCUUCUACACAGCCAAGGCCAAGAAGACCGGGAAGGUGAUGAUUAGGAUCCACCCCUGCUCCCGCCUGUGCUUCUGCCAGUGCUGGACCUGCUUCAAGGAGGUAGACGCAGAGCAGUACUACAGUGAGCUGGAGGAGCAGCUGACCGAUGAGUUCAACGCGGAGCUCAACCGUGUCCCGCUGAAGCGACUCGACCUGAUCUUUGUCACCUUCCAGGACUCGCGGAUGGCGAAGCGCGUCCAGGAGGAUUACAAGUACGUCCAGUGUGGCGUGCACCCCCAGCAGUCCUCAGUGACCACCAUCGUCAAGUCCUACAACUGGAGGGUCGCUCUCGCCCCACACCCCAAAGACAUUAUUUGGAAACACCUCUCUGUCCGCCGCUUCUUUUGGUGGGCCCGCUUCAUCUUGAUCAACACCUUCCUCUUCUUCCUCUUCUUCUUCCUCACCACGCCUGCCAUCAUCAUCAACACCAUUGACAUGUACAACGUCACCCGCCCCAUCGAGAACCUGCAGAGCCCCAUCGUGACCCAGUUCUUCCCCUCCGUGAUGCUCUGGGCCUUCACGGUGAUACUGCCUUUGAUCGUCUACUUCUCCGCCUUCCUAGAGGCCCACUGGACCAGAUCAAGUCAGAAUCUGAUCAUAGUGCACAAGUGCUACAUCUUUCUGGUGUUCAUGGUGGUCAUUCUGCCCUCUAUGGGACUGACCAGUUUGGAUGUCUUUUUACGCUGGCUCUUUGACGUCUACUAUCUGGAGCAGGCGUCCAUCAGGUUCCAGUGUGUGUUCCUGCCAGACAACGGCGCCUUCUUCGUCAACUAUGUGAUCACGGCAGCUCUCCUUGGCACGAGCAUGGACCUGCUACGCCUGGGGUCGCUCUGCUGGUACAGCACCCGCCUCUUCUUCUCCAGGUCGGAGCCGGAGAGAGCUCAUAUCAGAAAGGACCAGGCCACAGACUUCCAGUAUGGGCGAGAGUACGCUUGGAUGAUGAACGUCUUCAGUGUGGUGAUGGCGUACAGCAUCACUUGUCCCAUCAUUGUCCCUUUCGGGCUGCUCUACCUGGGCAUGAAGCACUUAACAGAUCGCUAUAACAUGUACUACUCCUACGUGCCCACCAAGCUGAACGAGCAGAUCCACAUGGCCGCCAUCUCCCAGGCCAUCUUCGCACCGCUCUUGGGUCUGUUCUGGAUGCUCUUCUUCUCCGUCCUGCGGUUAGGUUCCCUCCACACCAUCACCAUCUUUUCCCUGUCCAACCUCCUCAUUUCCAUAGUAGUUGCUUUUGUUGGCAUCUUUAUGGGGAAGUUUUGGAUGACCCCUGACUACGAGCCUGAGGAGGAGGAGAUCCGGACUGUGUUCGACAUGGAGCCGAGCAGCACCUCGUCCACGCCCACCUCCCUCCUGUACGUGGCCACCGUGCUGCAAGAGCCGGAGCUGAAUCUGACCCCAGCGUCCUCCCCAGCCAGGCACACCUACGGCACCAUGAACAGCCAGCAGCCAGAGGAAGGCGAAGAAGAGAGUGGUCUGAGGGGCUUUGCGAGGGAGCUAGACUCGGCCCAGUUCCAGGAGGGGCUGGAACUAGAGGGCCAGAGCCAGUACCACUGA